CUUUCCUACGCCUCGGCCUCGGCCAAGGGAAAAACCAACAAACAGAGGGGCAGGGGCCGCCGAUAAAUCCCGGCGAGCGCAGGAGCGCGGCUGCACGGGAGGCCCGGCAGCACCGGAGCGCCAGCAUCUCCUCCCUGCAGCCUGCACAGCCGGAGCCAGCCCCGGCGCAACGCUCCUCGUCCCCGCCAUGCUCCUCGUCCUGCUGCCAGCCUGGCUGGCCCUGGGCAUCCUCCAGCUGCCCCUCGGCAGCCCCCAGGAGUGCCUGAGCCAGCAGCAGGCGCUGGAGGCGGUGCGGCAGAUGCAGAAGCUGCUGGCGGCGCAGGAGGCUGCCCAGCUGCGGGGCACGCGGGGGCUCCGGCAGCAGCUCAACCUCCUCCAGAGCCACCUCCAGAAACAGGCCACCAAACAGACCUGUCCGCAGCCGGCAGUGCCGCCGAACGGACGGAUGCUGGGCCGCAGCCUGCGGGUGGGCCACGACGUUCACUUCGUCUGCGACGCCGGCUUUCGGCUGGUGGGCUCGGAGACGCGCGCCUGCCGGCGGGACCGCACCUGGAGCGGCACCCAGCCCUUCUGCAGAAGUGUGGAUGACUGCUCCAGCCACCCUUGUGCCAACGGUGGGACCUGCGUGGAUGGCAACCAGGGCUACACCUGCCUCUGCCACCGGGGCUGGUCAGGCCCCACCUGCCAGAGCCCCAUCUAUGCCUACUGGGUGACACUGAGCAACGCCUCCUUCAGCCGCCAGCCCCGCUGUGCCCAGGGCCACCUGGGGGGUGCCCGGCGCUGCAGCUGUGACACCGGCUUCCAGAUGCGGGCGGGCGGCAUGUGCCACGACGUGGACGAGUGCCAGCUCUUCCAGUCCAGCCCCCAGACCCGCAUCUGCCUCCACGACUGCCUCAACCUCCCCGGCUCCUACCGCUGCCUCUGCCCCCCCGGCUACCUGCUCCACGCUGACCGCAACACCUGUGAGGACGUGGAUGAGUGUGCUGGGAAGCAGCACAACUGCAGCCAGGGCGACCUCUGCAUCAACACCUUCGGGGGCCACCGCUGCGUGCGCCCCAAGUGCCCCCCGCCGCGUCACAACACCAGCUACGUCAAGACCUCCGCCUUCCAGUGCGAGAGGAACCCCUGCCCCAUGGACAGCCGAGCCUGCCGCCUGGCUGCCACCUCCAUCUCCUUCCACUACCUGCCGCUCCAAGCCAACCGCACUGUGCCCCACGUCCUCUUCAAGAUGUCCACCACCCGCUUCGUGGGCGACAGCCUGCGCUUCGCCAUCACGGGGGGCCGGGGCCAGGGGGUCUUCACCGUGCGGCGCUCUGACCGGCAGACGGGAGAGCUGGUGCUCACCAACCCCGUGGUGGGGCCAGCCACGCUGGAGGUGGAGCUGGAGAUGAGUGAGUUCUCCCGCAAGGUCCUCCUGGGCAAGCACAUCUUCAAGGUCACAGCCUUUGUGUCCCCAUAUGAGUUUUGAUCCCCUUUGAAGGCAGGUGUGGGUCUCUCCUGAAGAGCGGUAGAGCGGGUGCAGCUCAGUAGCCCCAGUCCUUGUCCUGGUGGGGACAUCCCUCUCCCUCAAUGCUUGCUCAUGGCUGGUGGGGUGAAGCCACCGCAGCAGAAAGGGUGCCUGCCGCAGAGGCCACAAGGGUGCACCUUGCAUUGCUCUGCAGGCAGGGGAACCAGCCCAGGGGUGCCUGUCUCUGCCAGCCCCCUACCUCUCUGCCUGCAGAGCACACGG